UCCAAACAACAGAUCAACUCAUAUCCCACACGCGGUUCGUACACUCAGUCGAUCACGGUGUUCCGCGUAUAGGCGUUUUUCUUUUUUACUGCUGCCACUGCUGCUUGAUGAGAGUCAUCCGAAAUAUGUUCAAGACAUUGGCAUUGGUCGGGUUCGCCCUUGUGACAUUGCAAGCUCAGAGCAAAUGUAAUGCUCAAUUUUUGGGAUUGAGAAAUCCAUUGGGCAGAUCAAACCAUCAAGUUACUGUUGGAAAUAAUACCCUACUAGAGAACUCUACGUCUAAUGAGAGGAAUAAUUCGAUGUUGAGCAACAUUCAUGAUGCGGGUUUUCUAUUAGUAGACAGCGCUAAAAAUACUGGACUAAGUGCGAUAGGCGAAGUGAAAGAUACCAAUAAAGCAGCCAUAGACAGAGUAAAAGAAACGUGCAAUAUGACGGGCGGGUGUAUCAAAGGUCAAGUAUCCAGGUUAGUAGACACGGCGGCUGGGAUUAUAGACUACUCAAAGACAUCCAUAUCAGACAUCAUCAGCAAAUCCAAGUGUGUGAUUCCAAAAGAUGCAGAUAAUAUUGUUCGUGCAGCUCUUUUACAACAAUGCGUAUCACCAAGUUUCGGAUACGGAAACGAGAGUCGUUGUUUUGAUGAACUCGGCUGCUUUCCGAUGGACUAUCCGUGGGUUUCAAUUCUUAGACCUUUUCCUAUGCCGAUGAGACCAGACGAAAUUGAUGUCAAACUGUACUUGUACACAAGGAAACAACCAGAUCGCUUCAACGUAAAAUUGUGGCCUAACAUGUCUGUGGAAGGAUCAGACUUUGACCCGAAAAGACCUUAUACAGCAUUUAUUACACAUGGAUUCUCUAGUGAUGGCAACAGCUCAUGGCUGGCCGACCUUAAAGAUGGUUAUCUGAAACAUCGUGACGCCAACAUAUUCCUUGUAGACUGGGGUAAAGGUGCAUCCAGUGUUAAUUACUUACAAGUUGCUUCCAACACUAGAAUCGUUGGUGCUGAAUUGGCCAGAUUUGGCAAAUAUUUAAUUGAAAAAUAUGGACUGGAAACUUCGCGGAUGCACUUAAUGGGACAUAGCUUAGGUGCUCACAUUUCGUCGUACUUUGCUAAAGCCCUUUCCGGUGUUGCCAGAAUAACUGCUUUCGAUCCUGCCCAACCGGGUUUCGAGGGAUGUCCCGUAUCAGUUAAACUGGAUAAGAGCGACGCAGACUUUGUUGAUGUGAUUCAUACCAGCUGCCGACCCACCAUUCCUUUAUUGGGUUUUGGUCUCAUCGGUACAGCGGGUCACGUUGACGUGUACAUGAACGGAGGUUUUGUCCAACCCGGUUGCACUCUACCCCCAGUCGACACCAUCAAGCUAACAAGUAUUUCAGAUUUGGCCCUUAUUCCAGUGGAUGUGUUGUCCUCGUGGGUAGCUUGUUCACACGGUCGAUCUUAUCUCUACUGGAUUGAAUCGUUAACAGCAGACCAAUGCACAUUUUGGGGACGUAAAGCUAAAAUUUUGAGCGCGAUCACCAGUGUGGCCUCUAUCGGUCAAUUGGAGUCUAUAACGUCGUUAGUACUAAAAUGUAAAUUCGAAGAAUGCAUUCCUUUGGGUUUGGAUGCUGACGAAUAUCCAGCCAGAGGUAUAUUCACCGCGUCUACCGGUUUCUUCACGCCAUAUUGCAAAGUAAAUGCUGAAACUGAUAAAUACAUGCGAUCGGAAUUGGUAAACAGUUUAGAUCGUAAAUUAGGAAAUGAUAAAAAAACGGAAAAUAGCAAGAAAGGUGGUGUGUUUGGUUUGAAUUUCGGGCGAUUGUCCAAGAACAGCACAGAAUCUCAAGAAGUUAAUAAAAAAGACUGAAAUAAGAAAAGAGCAUGCACAUCAAUUUUUAUAUUUUUAUUACUGAAACAUCGAACGACUUUGGCUAAUAUAAUUGUUAAUUCAAAAGUCUUUAUAUUACAUUUUUUUAUACUUCAUACUUUUUUUAUAUACAUUUUAUCCAUGUAUUAAAAUAACAUACUAUGGUUAUAAAAUAUAUUUACUUCAAUUUAAUACUAAUAAUUUACAUUUGUUGGUUAAAUGUUUUAUUAUAUGUUUUAUACAAUUGA